AUGUACAACAGGGUGGAAAUGAAGAAGAAAAGUAAAGAGAAGAGGCACUCAGCUGGCUCUCCAAAACUAAAGAGAGCAGUGAUGCUCCUGAACUCCAUCAAACAGGCCAAGAUGUGUUGUCUGUUGGCAUCACAGAGUCAAACUGAAAGGGAUGAUCUGCAGAAGCAAGGAACAACACAAAGCAAACUGAAAAUGCACAGUUUGAUUCGAACGGUGAGGAAAAUAUUCUACCUAGUUCUCGGCAUCAUUGGCUUUCCUGUCAAUUUAGUGACUGUUGCGAUCCUGUUUCGAGGAAAAUGUGGACUCUCAGCCUGCAGCUCUCGUUACCUUCAGGCCAUGGCAGUGGUGGAUCUAUUGGUCGUUAUCAUUGAAAUCAUACUCAGCCGAAUCAAAGAUGAUUUUUUCCCACCAUCAUUCUUGGACAUCACCCCUGUGUGUAGUGUUCACUAUGCCCUGUGCCGUGUAGCCAUAGACUGCUCUGUGUGGUUCACCAUCAUGUUCACCUUCGAUCGAUAUGUCGCCAUUUGUUGUGAGAAACUGAAAACCAAAUACUGCACUGAAAAAACUGCAACUGUGGUUCUUGCAACAACCGGCAUUCUGCUCUGUUUAAAAAACAUUCCCAUCUACUUUAGAUUUGAACCUCGGAAGAUUAUUGACGGCAUACCAUGGGGCUGCUCGAAUUCAGAUGCAUAUUAUGAUGACCCUGUCUGGAAAGGAUUUAAGAACUUUGAAAAGAUUCUCACACCCAUUUUCCCAUUUGGUUUAAUUCUGUUCCUCAAUGCCCUGACAGUCAGACAUAUUUUAGUGGCCAGUCGAGUCCGUAAAAGUCUGAAGGGUCAAAGUGAGGGAGAAAGUUCCAGGGACCCAGAGAUGGAGAGCAGAAGGCAGUCUGUGAUUUUACUCUUUGCCAUAUCUGGCUGGUUUGUUUUUCUGUGGUUUUGGUAUAUUUUGUAUUAUUUUGAUGUUGAUGAUCCUUUAGACAGUCAUGGUGAAUAUAGAUUUGAAAAAGUUGCAUAUAUGCUGCGGAAUUUGAAUUGCUGUACGAAUACCAUUGUCUAUUUGGCUUCCCUUUCCAAGUUCAGAGAGAAGCUCAGGAACCCGCUGGAAGCUAUAUUUACAUAAAUAACUGAACCAUCUACAACUCAAAGCUACUGAGAGUGGAUAGUCACAAAAAUAUUAUCCUGGUGCAGGAAAUAAAUGCCAACGGAUGUUAUCAAUUGGCAAGAGGCGACAGAAAUUUGGAGAAUCAGAAGAACAUUGGCAGCAGUUGUCGGAUGCCAAGUAAUUCAGGGUCAAAGAGAAGAGAUGGCUGUUGGACAAAAUAAGGUCAGUGAAAAGGAGGAAUCAAUAACGUUAUGGAGCAGCAGAACAAGGGCAAGAAGUGUUUCACAGAGACCCCAAUGGAAAUAAAUAGAUAAGAAUUAGGAGCGGCAGGAGGCCAUUCAGCCCUUUGCAGCUGAUGCACCAAUCAAAGAGAUCUUGGCUGAUCUCUGGCUUUUCUGCACCGAAUCUAAAUCAGUUGAUGUUAAGCUGUGAAAAUGAACAAUCCCAGUUUUGUACUGAAACUAUUGAGUGUUGAAUUUCACAAGAUGAGACCAAGAAAGCAGAGAAAAGUCAGCAAAGCUCAGGAACUGACCUUUGGGAGACCAACGAUAAAGAUGGCAGGAAGAAAGUCGAAGCACCUCCUGCAGGACAGGAGGAAGAGCUGGAUUGACAGCUUCUCCGACACAUACACUGGUUCUGAGUUUGUUCCAUCCACUCAGGGAAAGAA